AUGGCAGGCAUCUUCGGCGGUGGCGCGGCUGCCACGGCCUCUGCUUCCACGAGCACCCUUGGCGACCUUAAGCAAGACGUCGCCCUCAGCGAUCCCCCCACAGACAGCAUCUCGGACCUUGCCUUCUCCCCAGCCGCCAACACGCCCGACUUUCUCGCCGUGGCGAGUUGGGACAACAAGGUCCGCAUCUACGAAAUUGCCCAGAACGGCCAGAGCCAGGGCCGACACGCGUACGAGCACAGCCAACCCGUGCUGAACUGCGACUUUUCCAAGGAUGGAACCAAGUUGGCCUCCGCCGGCGCGGACAAGAACGUCAAGGUGUGCGAUCUCGGCUCCCAGCAGGACAUCGUCAUCGGCACCCACGACCAGGCGGUGAGAUCCUGCCGGUUCUUCGACAGCGGCAGCGGCACCAUGGUGGUCUCGGGCUCGUGGGACAAGACGGUCAAGUACUGGGACCUCCGGCAGCAGGGCCCCGCCGCGACAGUGCAAUGUCAGGAGCGCGUCUACACUCUGGACGUGCGAAACGACCUGUGCGUGGUGGGCACCGCGGACCGCUACAUCAACGUCAUCGAUCUCAAGAAUCCGACAAAGUUUUACAAGACGCUGCAAAGCCCACUCAAGUGGCAGACGAGGGUUGUUAGUUGCUUCACCGACUCUGCGGGCUUCGCUAUCGGUAGUAUCGAGGGACGAUGCGCCAUUCAAUACGUCGAGGAGAAGGACUCGAGCUCCAACUUCUCGUUCAAAUGCCACCGCGACCCAGCCGUCAACAACGUGGUCAACGUUCACGCCGUCAACGCCAUCUCUUUCCACCCCGUCCACGGCACGUUCAGCACGGCCGGCUCGGACGGCACGUUCCACUUCUGGGACAAGGACGCCAAGCACCGGCUCAAGGGCUAUCCCAACGUCGGGGGCAGCAUCACGGCGACGACGUUCAACAAGACGGGCAGCAUCUUUGCAUACGCCAUCAGUUACGACUGGAGCAAGGGAUACCAGCAUAACACGCAGAAUUACCCGAUCAAGGUCAUGCUGCACCCCGUCACCAACGACGAGUGUAAACCGCGUCCGUCGAUGAAGAAGCGGUAG